UACCUAGAUGUAGGAUACACCGUGUCAACCUAUCCUAGGUAUUCGAUUAUACUAGGUACCUAGACCAUAUCCACAGCUUUUUAUCAAUCGACCGUGUCAAAAUGCUCAGGUGGUUUUUCAUCGUGGAGGACUAUGUUGUUCAAUUGAUCGUCCGAUCCCGUACUUUCCAACGAAGCGUCCAGCGCAUUCACCGAACAGUUGAAGAUUACAAACACGGGCGAGAUCCCAGUGACCCGCUACGAGAGGGAGAAGCUACGCGCGAUCCUACUCAAUCGAACGGGUUUCUAUCCCAUUUCAUAGAUGAAUUGCGGAACCAGGUCCGCGGGACCAAGACAGAUUCAACAGGCAAUCGUCCCAAGAGGUGAAUAAAGAGUUUGCCUCAUCGACUAAUACAACUAUCUAUAUGGAUGUUUUAAGGAACGCGGCAUGAGCA